AUUCAUUAAAAAAAGAAAAAUAACUGCGGUUAACACUUGAAUGUUGUUUAUGCCAGAUUACUUCAUGUACCAAAAGGAAGGGCUCGAUGUUGGCCGUUGUGGAGACGGACAACAUUUCAGACGGAGCGAGGCAAAAAUGGCGAGUCAAGAGGAGUCUGUGAGGGAGUUCGUCGCUGUCACCGAUGUGGACGAAGAAAGAGCCAGGUUUUUUCUUGAGUCUGCUGGAUGGGACCUGCAGCUUGCACUUGCCAGUUUUUUCGAGGAUGGUGCCGACGAUGACAUUGUCGCCAUUCCUCAGCUGGAGACUGGCUCGUCUGUGUCCAGAUCUGCAGGGCCGAGUGUACAACCACGAGUGACAUCAUUCAGGGACUUGAUGCAGGAGGCAGAAGACGAAAGUGAUGAGGAGGAGGGUCAAAGGUUUUUUGCCGGCGGAUCAGAGCGCAGUGGGCAGCAGAUUGUUGGCCCUCCGAAGAAGAAGAGCUCCAAUGAAGUGGUGGAAGAUCUCUUCAAGGGGGCGAGGGAGCACGGAGCUGUGCCGUUAGACCGCAGUGGGAAAAGUCCAGGAGAGCCCAGCAGAUCCAAGCCGUUUGUUGGUGGAGGAUACAGGCUAGGAGCAGCCCCUGAGGAGGAGUCCACCUAUGUAGCUGGAGAGAGACGAGCCUCCAACAGUCAGCAGGAUGUGCAUGUGGUGUUGAAGCUUUGGAAGACCGGUUUCAGUCUGGACAAUGGCGAACUCAGAAACUACAGCGACCCUGGAAACGCCAACUUCCUGGAGGCGAUUCGGAGGGGGGAAAUUCCACUGGAGUUGAGGCAACGCUCCCGAGGAGGCCAGGUCAACCUGGACAUGGAGGACCACAGAGACGAAGAAUUCUCCAAACCUAAAGUGGCCUUCAAAGCUUUUGGUGGUGAAGGACAGAAGUUGGGAAACGCCACCCCAGACCUGGUGGCAGCUCCAGCAACAUCUCAGCAGGACAUGGCAGCCAACGAGGCUCAGGCUAGCGCCUCUGUGAACCUGGACUCCUCCCAGCCCGUCACUAACAUCCAGAUCCGGUUGGCUGAUGGCGGGCGACUGGUGCAAAAGUUUAACCACACCCACAGGGUGUCGGACCUGAGGCAGUUUGUGGUCGCGGCCCGGCCCACCAUGGCAGCCAGAGAGUUCGUCCUCAUGACCACCUUCCCCAACAAGGAGCUGUCGGACGAGAGCCAGACACUGCAGCAGGCCAACCUCCUCAACGCCGUCAUCGUGCAGCGGUUACAGUGAGGACUGAGAGGAGAAAAAAUAAAAAUAAAAAAACAAAAAAAAAGGCCCUUCCCAUUAAGAUAAGGCUGAGAAACUGAGCCUCUGAUCCUGCUGCCCCCUUCUGGAGGAGGAAAAACUUGGACUUAUGUAUAUGAAUUUCUGAUUUUUCGUUUUUCUAUAGUGAAAUGUAACAACCAAACUCAUCCCAACCUCCGCAGCCUUCCACUGACUGCACUCUCAAAGAAGAGGUGGUGGUUUAUAAGAAAAAGCUCACUAAACCUUCCCACUAGUCCCCUCCCUCAGCUUAUCGGCUCUUCACAGCAACUCAACAGCACAACCCAAAAGUCUGACCCACACAAACGUCUCUCAUCCUGUCGAGAUUCUUCUACCAGUAGCCUUACACCUUCGGAUCCAUGUCUGCCCUUUAGGUUCAAAGAUGGGAUUAUUUUUUUAAAGGCUUUCUUUAUCCAGAGUGUAGUAGGAGUCGAGAAGAAACAAGGUUUUGUUGCCGAACCAAAACAAGUUAGGUUGUGAACACUGUUUUGUGUACGUGCCACAUACUUGCAGUUAGGUCUAUGCAUCCCGGGGCAACAAGGAAAUACAUAGAAGUAUUCAAUGUGUCACAGUGAAUGUUGCCGUCUCAACCGUGGAAUUCAUUUGUGGCGUUUGGCUGGGACGGAAAACCUAGCUGGAGAGAAUGAUUUGAGCUGAAGCACAAGCAUUGAUCGAGUUAGGAGUGAGGAAGGGAACCAGAAGAGGGAUGAAGAAAAGUAUCCUGACCUUACACUCGCCGUCUCGUGACACCUGUUGGUAAAGGUCGUUUGCUAAAAGUGUCUAAAAAUGUCAGCUGGUGUUUGAGAAAGCCUGUCCCUUUAAAUUCCAUGGCUGUGAAGCAAAUAUUCUGCGGCACUUGAAGCACUGUCAGUUUGGACCUCUGGUGUAAUAAAUCCAUCAUGGUUGAUGUAUGAAAUA